AUGGCUGCAUCCCCAGACAUCAAACUUGACCAAACCUUCCACCACUCCACCGCCACUCACAGCUACCAAAUCCGCUGGACAUCUCUCGGCAACCCAGCAGCACCACCUCUCCUUUUCGUACACGGUACGCCAUGGUCCUCACGGGUCUGGAUUAACUACGCCCAGUCUUUCUCAAAAUACUUUCAUGUCUACCUCUUCGACAACCCCGGCUUCGGGGCAAGUCCUCUCGGCCGGCCUCUCCAAGGCAAGGAAGAUGCCAUCAGCAAUGAGCUCGCCUUGGAUGCAGAUCUCUCGCAACAGUCGACAGUAUUUGUCGCUCUGAUAGAACAUUGGGCAAAAGAGUGGCAGCAGAAACCACACGUUGUUGCGCAUGAUCAUGGCGGUUUGAUGGCUCUACGAGCUCAUCUUAUUCACGGCUGCGAGUAUGCUAGUCUAUGCUUGAUCAAUGUAGUUGCUACCGGGCCAUUCGGUCAACCUCUAUUCAAACUGGUCGCUGAGAAUGCGAGUGUUUUCACCGCGCUGACUGGCCCGGUAUUUGAAGGGGUUGUCGAGGCGUAUAUCCGUGAGGCCUCGUAUCGAGGGUUGGAUAUGGAGACUAUGGAGAUGCUGAAGAGCCAAUGGAUAUCUACGGAGGAGGGGCGCAGAGGGUUUGUGAGGCAAAUGGUGCAAGCGAAUAGUCGCCGUACCGAAGAGGUGGAGCAUCAUUAUUCGAAAGUGGGAAGAAAGAUGCCGGUGCGGAUUAUCUGGGGCCAGGAGGACGCAUGGAUUCCUGUGGAAACGGCGGCCAGAUUGAAGACGCAGCUAAAUGCUCAGGACGUGGUGCUUAUUGAGGGCGCGGGUCAUCUAGUGAUGUAUGAUCAGGAGGGGAAGCUAGGAGUGGAACUGGGCUGGUGGCUGAGCCAGGUUUGCCACUUGCAAACGAGUGCAUAG